AUGGGCAGCCCGGAUGGUAGCAUGGACGACUCCAUGCAGGACAAUAUGGAACGACCAGCGAAGAGGCCAUGUCUAUCAUAUACCCCCGAAGACGACGAAGACGUCCCCGCAGAGUUUGAUCUCCCAGCCGCGCGCGCACAAAAUGACUCGCGACUGAAGUCUCUCUUCGAAGGCAUUUUCGCGAAAUAUAGCCAGGACUUCUCCGACGUUGGUGAUGAGAUCGACCUGCAGACUGGAGAUAUAGUGGUAGACAAUGGGCAUAUCUUGGGCAUGCGAGGCGAGCAAGACGCUGGUGGCCAGCCACGAUCAUGGCUCCCGCAGGCUGACCUGGAUGGGCCGGAAGAUUCUGAUGCAGACGAUGACAAUACCACGAAGGGAGAGGAGGAUGAAUUCUUUUCUAUGGCCUCCUCUCCCGGUGCUCGUUCUUCAGAUGCUCCACGCGAAGAAUCGCCAUCGAAACAGCUACAGACAGACAUGGAUACCUCUUUGGAUUUCGUGUUUACAUUUAAGGCAUCAGGGACUGCAGGCCUCAGUCCCACGACCAAGGAAGAACAUGUCUCCCAUCCCACAAACCAAAUCCACACUUCCAAACCGCAAGAUCCAAUCUGGGCAGUCCCGGACUUGCCCCCAUCCUUUUCAACACCCACCACUGAAACCCGCAAAUCAAACGUGGGCUUCUCUCCACCUGUCAGGUCUACGUCCCCACCAGGGAGCGGCUCUGUCUGGGCUGUAGGCAAACCCGGCAGACCACGUACAGAAACGAAACCGAAGGCUACGCCGAGUAAGCGUCGACCAGCCGCGAAGCGCAAAUACCAUUCUAGCCCUGUUACACACGACUGGUCUUUUGCGGCUGUGCCUGAUGGGAAUGAGUCGGAUGACCCUUUGCAGGACUACGAACCAUCACCGACACCAUCCAAAAUGAAAAUUAUUCGUGGGAAGCGGCACAUUCCGACUAAAGAGAAUGAUGGGCCAUCUACGCCUUCGAAACAGCCAGCUGUUGUCGUCGAAGUUAACGAUCGAGUUGACGAUCAAGUGGAUGACGAAGUGGAUGACCAAGGCGAUGACCAAGGCGAUGACCAAGGCGAUGACCAAGGCGAUGACCAAGGCGAUGACCAAGGCGAUGACCAAGUGGAUGACCAAGUGGAUGACCAAGUGGAUGACCAAGUGGAUGACCAAGUGGAUGAUCAAGUGGACGACCAAGGCGAUGGCCAAGAAGGAGGCUAUGAACCAAGUGACCAUGACGAUCAAGCGGCGCACACACACCUCGAAAAAGCACACCUCGAAAAAGGGGACCACGAAUCGAGCAAGCAGAUAGAUGGAGUGCCCGAAACACGCCUUGGGGAUGGGGGCUCCGAACUGAACCACCAAGAAGACGGAGUGCCCGAAGAGCAAGUCCAAGUGGCUCACAGGCCAAGUGAUCGAGAAAACGAAGUGGCUAGCGCAGAAUACAAAACCAAAGUGCCAUUCCAUUUUAUGGCGGAAGGCGAUUUGACCCCCAAGGCCACGGCCACGGCCAGUACCCAAGCAUCAUCCCCGCAGCCCAUGGAAAGCACCCCAAGCAAAAGGCGACCCAUCACCCCCGAUGAAGCAAAGCUGAUCGUGUGCAUGAUGUACAAACAAGAAAAGAAGGCUAGUGAUGUGAUGUACAUGUUACCAGGUCGUGAAUACCAGACCGUCUGGCACUGGUUCUACAAUCACUGGACCCGCCGCCUCACCAAUCCGCCUCCACUUUCCGCCGCCUGGUCGCAGCCUGAAUUAGAAGCUCUGGCCCGACUCAGCACCCAAUCGGAUCUUACCUGGGGCCAGAUACAAAGUCGAUUUAAGGGCCGAUCACGACAUGAGGUGGAGUUUGAACUGCUACGUGCUUUUGUUGGUGAGGGCUUUACCUCUUCAAUUAUCGACAGCGUGGAGGAACACGCGGAGCCGGAAGAUGAAGACUCGGAAGAAGAUUUGCAGGACGACGAGAUAAAGGACGAGUCGGAAUCUGAUGCAGUCUUGGAGGAAGUCGAAGAGGAGGCAGGAGAUAGCGAUGCUGCGUCCGAGGGCACUGCCCAGGAAGAACUGGAGCAGCUCGAAAUCCAAGAGGUGACCGGGACAACCGACAGUAAGGCGUCUGCUCCCAAUGGCUUCUUGGGCAUUUUUAUAAACUCCUGA